AAUGCCUGUUCCCAGUCUCUCUCUCUCUCUCUCUCUCUCUCUCUCUCCAUAGGCUCUUGGGUUGAAAGUGGAAACACCACCAAAAUUCCUGGAAAGGAAAACAAAAAUUUAUUCACCUAAAUGGUAGGAAGAAGGGUAGCAUCAUUUCUCAGUCAGAAUUAGAGAUACCCAUUAAAAAAAUCGUUUCUUUUUGUCAUUUCUUGGUUGUUGCCAUGCUAACCAUCGUCCCCCUGCUCCUAAUAGCAAAGUUGCAUUUGCAAAGGAAAAAGAUAAGAUCAGCUGACAUACCCGAAGAGGUAAGCUAUGCUUAAUCGCUGAGCAAGUGAGAGCUGGAGAAAUUUUCGCUGAGGUUGGUGGUCACGGUUGGUUCUUCUUAUGCUGUGAUUGUGAAUGUGAAGAAGAGACAUGUCUGGGUGUAGCAUAGUGUGGUUCAGGAGGGAUCUGAGGGUUGAGGACAACCCUGCACUAGCGGCUGGGGUGAGGGCGGGUUCUGUGGUGGCUGUGUUCAUCUGGGCACCUGAAGAAGAAGGCACGUUCUACCCCGGUAGGGUUUCGAGGUGGUGGCUGAAGCAGAGCCUGGCUCACCUUGACUCGUCCCUCAGGAGCCUUGGCACUUGCCUCAUCACCAAGAGAUCCACUGACAGCGUCUCUUCCCUCCUUGAGCUUGUUAAGUCCACUGGGGCUACUCAGCUCUUCUUUAACCACUUGUAUGAUCCCAUAUCACUUGUCAGAGACCACAGAGCAAAGGAGGUUUUGACUGCCCAAGGUAUAAAUGUACGCUCAUUCAAUGCAGACCUGCUCUAUGAACCGUGGGAAGUAAAUGAUGAUCAAGGCCAUCCAUUCAGAAUCUUUGCUGGUUUCUGGGAGAAAUGCCUCAGCAUGCCUUAUGAUCCCGAAGCCCCACUACUUCCUCCAAAGAGAAUAAUUUCAGGUGAUGCAUCAAGAUGUCCUUCAGAAGCUUUGGCGUUUGAAGACGAAUCUGAGAAAGGAAGCAAUGCGCUCCUUGCCCGUGCUUGGUCCCCUGGGUGGAGCAGUGCUGAUAAGGCUCUGACCACAUUUAUUAAUGGACCGCUUAUAGAGUACUCCAAAAACCGCAGGAAGGCUGACAGUGCUACAACCUCAUUUCUCUCUCCUCACUUGCAUUUCGGAGAAGUUAGCGUGAGGAAAGUCUUUCACCUGGUUCGCAUCAAGCAGGUUUUGUGGGCGAAUGAGGGGAACAAGGCUGGUGAAGAGAGCGUGAACUUGUUCCUUAAAUCUAUCGGUCUACGAGAGUACUCGAGGUACUUGAGCUUUAACCAUCCUUACAGCCAUGAAAGGCCUCUCCUUGGACAUCUCAAGUACUUCCCGUGGGUUGUGGAUGAAGGGUAUUUUAAGGCGUGGAGACAAGGCAGAACUGGGUAUCCACUAGUCGAUGCCGGCAUGAGGGAGUUGUGGGCUACAGGGUGGCUUCAUGAUCGUAUUAGAGUAGUGGUUUCGAGCUUCUUUGUGAAGGUUUUGCAACUUCCAUGGAGAUGGGGAAUGAAGUACUUCUGGGACACCCUCUUGGAUGCAGAUCUAGAAAGUGAUGCCCUUGGAUGGCAGUACAUUUCCGGUACACUCCCUGAUGGUCGUGAGUUUGAUCGCAUUGAUAAUCCACAGUUUGAAGGUUACAAGUUUGACCCAAAUGGAGAAUAUGUACGGCGAUGGCUUCCCGAACUGGCCAGACUACCAACUGAAUGGAUACACCAUCCAUGGAAUGCACCUGAAUCAGUUCUUCAAGCUGCUGGAAUUGAGCUCGGAUCAAAUUAUCCUCUCCCUAUUGUAAGUAUAGACGCGGCCAAAGUAAGGUUGCAAGAUGCACUUUCCAUUUUGUGGCAGCAUGAAGCAACAUCAAGAGCCGCUAUAGAGAAUGGAACUGAGGAAGGGCUAGGAGACUCAUCUGAAUCAGCUCCGAUCGCUUUUCCUCAAGAUAUUCAAAUGGAGGAAAAUCACGAAACUAUGCAGAACAACCCGCCAGGUCCAGUUCGCCGCUACGAGGAUCAAAUGGUUCCGAGCAUAACUUCUCUGGUUAGAGUGGACGAUGACGAGACUUCUUCUGGUAUUCACAACUCCGUAGGUGACACCAGAGCAGAAGUGCCUGCAAAUGUAAAUUUGAACGAAGAACCAAGAAGAGACACGUUAACUGAGGGAGUUUUCCAAGAACUUCGACCGAACAACACCCGACCAAUGUAUGGCUUUUCACUUGGGCUACAUAAUGAAGUUGAAGAGUCCACUGCAGAGUCUUCGAGCACUAGCAGGAGAGAGAGGGAUGGAGGAGUCGUUCCAGUAUGGUCGCCCUCAGCGUCUACCUACUCUGACCAAAUCGUGGGCGACGAAAGUGGAAUUGGCAAUGGUUCAGCUUUUUUACAAAGGCAUCCUCAAUCCCAUCAAAUAAUCAAUUGGAGGCGGCUAUCUCAAACUGGGUGACUGUAAUACGCAAGAAACACGAUGAGAAAUCCUGGGGGGGCAAGAAAAGAUGAAGAAGUCCCGAGUACAUAUCUUAUGGCACUGCUUCUCUCUUCACCGGUUCGACCUGACAAGCAAUUUAACAUCUCAAGCUACACCUUGGAAGUCCAAAAAUUGUUCCAUGCUGCGGGUGAUCUGUCCUUUCUUUUUUUCUCUUUUCCUCUUGUACCAUAUGUGGAAUUUGUUCGUUCAACGAAGAAUGUAUGAAGCCGUUGUGUAUAGUGUAUCUUGUUCUCAUAGCUGGAGAGAGUCAGUCAUAGCACGGACAUAUGGUCCCCUAAUAAAGCCAAGUUUGCGCCUUCUGAUCA